AAUCCGAAACCGAGUUCGGAUUUUCGAUUUCUAACGGAAUGUCAAAUAGUCAAAUAGUCAAAUCACCAAUGAGACUUGGGUGUUCAGUUUUUAAAUUUAAAUUUGUAAUCAUUAUUUACCGUUUGGCUUUUCUAUGUUUGAAAUCGCUCUAAAGACCGCCCGUACGCGAUUUUUGUGAUUACAAUUACAAUUGUAAAUUAUAAUUUUGGUCGAACCGUAACAAUGCUAUUUUAUUGAACAACGUCGACUUACAGCGACACAAUGGCCAAAAACAACGUUUUCGCCGUAAGAACGUUCAAAGCCGUGUUGAGUUCGUUUUUACUGUCGUACACAUCGGCUUCGCUGGUUUCGUUACGGACCAUUCUCAACUUGUCGUUCAGUUUGUACUCGGUAUUGUACGUGCCAGCUGUAUUGGUUGCGGCGUUUGUAUUCGUUAAAGUGACGUUACGGACGUACGUGCGAUCCAACGUACCAUGCAAGAAUCGUUUACGCAAAGCUGUCAGAGGGGUGCACUUGCAAGCCAUGUCCUGUGCCCUUUUGUGUUCGGCGAGUGCCUGGUGUUUAUCUUGUCUAAACUCGUUCAACGCAAACGAGAACCAUUGGUUGUUGAUCAACGCCGGUUGUGCGAUUGCUGGAGCAAUAUAUCAUUAUGAGAGCAUUUACAACGUACAGGAUUUACAUUUUCCAAUCAUCCAAACAACAAAGUACACCAUGUUUAUGUCUAAAGUCCAAGAACAUGUGCUGAAGUCAAUGAAGAAAUCGUUUGCUUACACUCUUUUUGUAUUUAUUCCUCUGUACGGAAUAAAUCCCGUAGUGUGCGCAGAUAUUUAUUUUAUAAUUCACUUGUGGUUUUCCAUUUCGUUUGUGUUGUAUUUGUUUUAUUCGUUUCAACAUAUUGUUUAUCUUACUAUGACUGAGCACGUCAAAUUUCCAAUAAUCACUAUUGCACAAGAUAGUUUCGGCUUACUCGAAGCUCUAAACUGCGAUACAAAGAUUAUCAAAUCAUUGGCAUUAUACGAUCUCUAUCUAGCAACAAUAAAUGAUGUGUCCAGGAGAAAAGAUAUAUUUAGUCUGAGCUUUGCCGGCAACGUACCACAAAGCUGGAAAACUAUUUUCAACUUUUGUAUAAAUAACAUAAACCAUAUUACAGAGGAAAUGACCAACACGAUUCAACAAUUGCCGCCAACAGUAUUAAAUCGACGAGUAGUGACCAACGCCAGGUUAAUUGAACUAAAUGGUAUUUCAAAAUCGAAAGAACAGACCAUAAGCAAGCCAAACAAAAUAACCCAAUUUCUUGAGAAAUCUCGUUUGUACAAUUACCUUUUUGGACAGUUGGAAAAAGAUAAAACAUUAGAAGAGUUCGAAAGCGUCGUAUGGUGUUGCUAUAUAUUAUGUAAUUUAGCUGUGGCGUCUUUAAAAGAAGAUGAAUAUGGUGUGGUAAGGGAACACUUGGGUCAAAUCGUCAGUUCUAUAUUGAAUUUGAAAAAUCAGUUGGAACUUCAGAGAAGAGAGUUUGAUGAGCAAAACAAGAAGAAAAUAGAAUAUUUCAAAACGCACGUGAAGUCUUGUGCGGUAAUGCUAGCAUUAAAUUUUUCUAUGUACGCUAAUGAUAUUGGGUUAGACGAAGCUCAGUUAAAUAAUUUUAAAAAAAUUAUUGCUUCAUUAAACGAUUGUUAAUUAUUUUUUUUUUUUGUAUUAUAUUGUUUUAUAAAUAAAUAAGUACUUAUGUUGUAAGGUCAAUUUGUUAUAACCAAUGAACUAUUAUUAUUUAUUUAA